AAUUAAAAAAAAUGUAAUAAAAUGUUUAAAUUUAACAUAAUUUUGCUGCUCCUUUUUGUUAACCUUAAAUACCUACAAAGUCAAUACUCUAAACGUUGUGAAUGGAUAAAAGACAUUCAGUUUCUGGAAUAUUGCCGUGGCGUUUAUCCGCAAGAAGUUGCCAUUAAAUAUCACGAUGACUGGAUUAAGUUACAUGAUUGUAAAAUUAUUGAAAUUUUCUCCGCCUUAAAUUUCACUUGUAUUCAGCACCAACAAAAGGAUCAAAAACUCAAUCCUUUAUAUUUAAGAAUAGCACUUGGCGCCUGUUUUCCCAUGAACUUGUUUGUCACCGAUGAUUUGUUACGCAUUUGUUUGCAUCAAAAUAAACGCAAUGAAAAAUUUAAAAAAUCUUCGAAAAGUGUUUUGCAUUAUACUCUGGAUCCUGAGCUAACCAGUGGCGGAGGGGCAGCAGUUGGUGUUGUCAUUAUUGGUAAUUGGAUAUGGUUAAUAUAUCAUCUAAGCUUUAAAUGGUUAAUUGCAUUUGCUUAUGGAGAUAUGUGGAGUUUUUUGCUAAAUAUUUUCCAAGUAGUGUGAAAUGUAACGUAAAUAUUGUUCUAAUUUUUAUGUAUGAUAACCGAGAACAUUGUAUUGAAGUCAGAUGUGUAUUUGUGAAAAGAGUU